AAACACUUUCCUCUUUGCUGACCAGGCUCUGACCGACGUGCUGUGUCACGUGGCGGAGGAAAACCAGCGACGGGAGUCCGAGCUCCGCCCCAGCUGCGUUCCCAUGCAGUGCCUUCGCUGCAGGUCAGAGUUCACGCUGCAAGGAGACAGCAGCGAGGAGGAGGCCGGCGGGAGAGCGAGGCGGAUGACACCGAAGGGCGGGGACGAACGGGACGGGGAGGAGCCGACGGAGGCAGAUGGUGAUGAUGACGGCGAAGGACCGGGUAAUAUUUGUCCUGAAUGUGGGAGCGAUCAUGUCGUCCAGCUGGCUGGACAAUCCACACCCUACAGCAGUACGCCCAUCGAUCGCCCUCCAAGGCCCGAGAGCGAGGACGAUCACCUCGAUGUCGCCCAGAGUGCCAAGGACGGCGACGCGGAUGUGAGCAUCAGCAGCAGUCCCACUCUGGAGAGCGGCACCGCCACACAGGAUCCCACCUACGUCACUGCCCAGGGGAGCUCCUUCUUCAACGGGGACGACACCCACAGCCUCUCCUACAACACGGACUGCCAAAGUAAGGAGGACUUGGCUGGGAGCUACCACUACACCGCAAUCUGCGCAACGCCACCAGACGUACAGGCCGAACCUGCGGAGAGACCCUCCCCAAACGGUGGGAACUAAAGAUUAUUGUUCUGA